UACUUAAAGAGCCAACUCCAGGGACUUACCGUGGAGCAAGCUAUAGAGGUUGAAAGCGCGGUCGACUUUACUCAUCAGCUCUUUGCUGAAGAAGCUACAGCAGACGCGCGCAAAUGGAGGGCAAGACUACAAGCCCUAACUUCAGCCAUUUACAAGUCGCGGAGUUCACUCAGCGAGACGCUCACCGUGCUUGAACAAGCCGUGCAAGCAAAACCAGGGCCGAUGGGAAACCUUUGGUCGCAAAGACUAUUUGAACAGAACGAGCAAAAUGAAGAGGAAGCCUCCGCAUCCAUGUGCACACACCAGGCUCUUCGGCUGAUCCAAAAUACCAUCCGUGCGCAAGUAGAGGGGGGGGGGGCUUAUCUUGCAGCUUGA